GUUCCUGAUCCAGGUCUGGUUCCUGAUCCUGAUCCAGGUCUGGUUCCUGAUCCAGGUCUGGUUCCUGAUCCAGGUCUGGUUCCUGAUCCUGAUCCAGGUGGUGAUGUCAUCAUGAUGCUGCCGGUAUCCAGGUUCAAAGGUCAGCCGGUCGGCAUGGUGACCACAGCAGCACCCUGGCUGUCCUUCAGCAGUGACCCCCCCCCCCCCCACUGGCUCUGGUUGGCCAGCUGGUCAGCAGCGAUGUACCAGGCCACGCCCCCUCUGGUGUUCUACCCCCCCGCUGUGUGGAUACCUGAACACACACACCUGAUACAGUGGGAACGUCCAGCUGUUGAAGUGGUUCCUCUGGUUCCUCCGUUCUAUCGCUCUUCACCUCUUCAUUCUCCUCAUCCUCUCCCCAAGGAAGUGGGCGUGUUCCAGCGGAGAGACAAGCCCCUCCUCCUGACCAAUCACAUCAUCCAGAGGCCAGAGGGACCCGCCCCCCGGACACGCCUCCUGCUGUCGUCCUCUCGUCACUCAGGUCGUGUUAGAAGAGACGCAACAAAGACCAGAGACAUGGAGCUAGAGGACACCUCCUGCUCCUCCUCCUCCUCCUUCUCCUCCUCCUCUUCCACCUCCUCCUUCUCCUCCUCCUCCUCCUCCCUCCCCCUGCACCUCCUCUCUGCGUCUCCUCUCCACCGGCCUCUCCUCGCUGAUCCUCCUCCAACAGGUGGAGCUUACUGGGAGUGGGCAGGACUUCACAUACAGAGGGACAACGAGGUGUGGCCUAUCAUUCUAACCAAUCAACGACGUGGAGGGGCGUGGUCACGACCAAUCAUCAGCCUGGACAAAACACUGUCUCCACCCACACAGCAGAGUGUCUUCGGACCUGUCUCUCCCUCUCAGCUCUGCAUUGAUAGGUGGCCUGUCUUACCUGUCCAGGUGAUGAAGGGAGUUCAUCCCUCCUUCUUCUCUUCACGCUUUGCUUCCAGAUUCACUCUGCUGACAAACUACAGACACAAGAAGCGAGUGAUGAGCGGAGGUAAAGUUUCUCUACUGCUGAGGACGGAGAGAGAGAUGGAGGACAACAAACAGUGUGUAGGUGAGGACAGAGGAGAGGAGGAGGGAAGUGAAGGAGAAAGGAAAGACAAACGUCCUGUCGCCUCCACCCCUGUCCCGGGGUCGCCAUGGUGUGUGGUGUGGACCGGGGACGACCGCGUCUUCUUCUUCAAUCCCACAAUACACCUGUCUGUCUGGGAGAGACCGGGGGAGCUGAUUGGUCGAGAUAUCAGCCGCAUCAUCGAGGACCCGCCCCACAAGAGGAAGAAGAUGACAUAUGCUGAGAGCAGCUGUCAGUCACCUGGUCUCCAUGGUAACGAUGAAGAUAUAGAUGAUGAACAUGACCACACCUCCAAAAGAAACAGACUAGAGGAGUCGAUGUCUCUCGUCCCUCAUCCAGGAGAAGUUCAGCUCCUCCCCCUGGAGCUUCGUAUCGCUCAUUUUAGGGAAAUGAUGCUGGAGAGAGGGGUGUCGGCGUUCUCCAGCUGGGAGAAGGAGCUCCAUAAGAUGGUGUUUGACCCGCGCUACCUGCUGCUGACCUCACACCAGAGGAAACAGGUGUUUGAUCAGUUCGUGAAGAGCAGGAUGAAGGACGAGUACAAAGAGAAGAAGAGUAAACUCCAAAAGGCCAGAGACGAGUUCAGACAGCUGCUGGAGGACACCAACAUCACUAUCAGGUCGACCUUUAAGGAGUUCUGUGCUCGUUGCCGUGGCGACCGGCGCUUCGACGCCCUCAGCAGGAAGAAGGAACAGGAAGUGCUCUUUCAUCAUUACAUCACUUCCUUAAAGAAAGGAGACAAGGAGAACGGAGCCCGACUGAGGAAGAUGAGAUGAGUCUCAGAACCCUACAGAACCAUCUAGAACCUUCGUAGAACUCAUCCAGGACCUUCCAGACCCUUCCAGACCCUUAACCUCCCAGGACCUCGUGUUGCACCACGCUGAGCACAUCCUGUUCUGGCUCCCAGUGCUGAGUCCUGGUUCCAAACUGAGGGUUCCUCUGAGACCAGAAAGAACCACAGAGACUAGACUAAUAAUAAGAGUAUUAUUAAUAAUAUUAUUAUUAUUAUUAUAUUAUACUGUAUAUUUUAUUAUUUAUAAUUAUACAUUAUAUUAUAUUAUAUGAAUAUCAACAAUAUACAUCUGCUACCCGUCCAGCGGUGUCGGUGUCUUCAGGUGGUCUCGGUGUCUUCAGGUGGUCUUCAGGUGGUCUCGGUGUCUUCAGGUGGUCUCGGUGUCUUCAGGUGGUCUCGGUGGUCUCGGUGGACUGAGCCAGGACCAGGUCCAUGUUCUGAACACCAGUUUCAAUUAUUCACUUACUUUGGUUCCGUCUCUAAAUACUACAAUACCCAUGAGCCUCAGCUACUGUUGCACUGGAGAAGAAGGCAGUCAGAGAGGUGUGAAGCUCAGUGAAAUGCAUCAUGGGAGUCGUAGUUCCUUCAGUUUUUAUGACUUUGUAUCAAAGAAGCAGAUCUUUUCUAACUCAGUUGUUCGUCUCGUGUUUCAUGUUGAUCAGCUGUCGAUGGUCCUCAGAGGACGAUCUGACUGGCCGAGCCGGGAGCAGGACGCCCACCCCUCCCCCCAUGUCUACCGUGUGUUUUUAUAUGUUUGUUAUCAGGAUGCUGCUGUAAACGUGAUGUAACCCCCUCCCACCACGGUGAGCUGUGAUUGGACAGAUGUUGUGUCCUGAUGUUCUGAUUGGAUGUUUUUUAGUGUCCUGACUUCUCAUUGGACGGUGUCUGUGUAUGUUCUGAUGUUUCAUUGGCUGUAGUUCAUGACGUGUUUUAAUUAAAGUGUUCCUCAAACACACCGGUGGUGGUGGUGGUGUUUACAGGUGAACUUCCUGUUUACAGGUGGACUUCCUGUUUACAGGUGGACUUCCUGUUUACAGCUGGACUUCCUGUUUACAGGUGAACUUCCUGUUUACAGCUGGACUUCCUGUCUCGUGAUGACUCUUCGGGGCCGCUACGACCUGCAUCGAUGGUCACAUGACAGACAGGUUUGGACGAAGCGAGUGAGCUAAUCUGUUAGCAUCAGUUUGUUAAUGACCACAACAUCCUCCACAGUCCUGGUAGUGGUCCCCACUUCUUCUCCAGGGGACGGAUGGACAGACAGAGGGACAGACAGUCUGGGGUGAACCACUGCCUCUCUGUCUCUGUCUCUGUCUCUCUUUCUCCUUGUGUCUCUCUCUCUCUGUCUCUGUCUAUGUCUCUCUCUCUCUGUCU